GCUUCUUCUCCUAUUGCCAGUUGACUACAUUUUUUCCUUCGUUUCUUUCUCUCUUUUUUCUGCCUCAGAGCGGAACACAACAAAAGGGGCAAGGGAGAGAAAAAAGCCCAGGAAGCCCGGACGAUUGAUGUCACCACCUGAGGCCUCUUAUUGUUAGAUUAUCGUGUUUUGUGCCCAUUUUCACUCCACUCUCGUUAUUUGGCUUUUUUCCCCCCUUUCUUUUUAUUAUAGCAAUUGGAGCACGGCCUACACUUAUCAUACGCGUCUUGCUAGUGUCAAUCGCUCAUCCAUAACUUUUACCGACCGAGGAUCUUUUUUUCCCCCAGAUAAAAAAAAAAAGAGAGAUCGAUCGCCAGCCCGGACCAUUUGGGGCUUCUCUAGGGGAUUUCGGAGCAUUGAUUCUUCGGCCUCCCGUUGUUUCAAAAUACCUUGACAGCUGUCGACUGUCGAUUGUCUAAGAAAGCCAGGGCCCUCGACACGCACUACGUCUUUUUUCUCUCUCUCCAAAUUGAAAACCAACAACCAACUAAGAAAAGAAAAGAAGUUAGGCCCGGCAGCCUAGCGACACGCAUUCAACCGCGCACGCCACCCGUUCUUUGACCAACCUUUUCUAGCGAGCUACAUUGCUACUGAAAUUUUAAACUUUUUCUGCAGAAUUCUGUGUUUGAUACGGGCUCGAUCCAGUCGACUUUUUCGACGGCGCUUCCAACCUUCUGCAGCAACAUUGACAGUCGCACAAGCUCCCGGCGAAGAAACAACAUCGGUAUUGAAUUAAUUGCCAUUAGUCUUGCCAGUGUCAGAGACGAUCCCUUCCAACAAGGAUAACCGUUGCGAGCAGCCACCCGCUUUGACAGUGUAAGCUGGGUCAAACGGCGGUAGCUUGCCCGCUUGCGGAUACAGCCGACCACUUUGGCUGUCAGUACUAGAACAGAAACCACUUCGCCGCCCGGCUGCUACGUCGAUUGGAAACAUAAUGAUAUAAGAACAUCGGCGACGUCACAUCCGAGCAGCCAAAGGGCAAAAACAGGGUGUUGGCAAGCUGUCAAUUUCCACACACGCCGCGCAGAAUGGCCGUGUGGGAGACCGAGGACGAGUCGUCCAACAUGGUGACGGCUGCGGCCGCAUCGCUUCCCACACCAGUCGACACGCCGUAUAGGACACCGUCGCGCGGUUCUAGGAAGUCGCGCCGAUCCAUCACGCCUCCAGGGAAGAACGGCAUACCACCACUGCCAACCGAAAAAGCCGACCGGAAUUCCAAGAGAUCAUCGGUCGACUAUGCCAACGACGAGAACAUCAGCGUUCUGGACCCCCGCCGCUUCACCCCGAACCUACACGCGAAUCUCGUCUCGGAGAUUCUGAAUCUGCGCAGAGACCAGGAGGACAAGACAAAGAUAAUCGAGAGCCUCGAGAGCACCCUACACGCAGAGAGAGAGGAGCAGCAGUCUCUACAGGAGACCUUGACGAACACUUCUAAGGAGAACCGCUCGAUCAAGCGACAGUUGGCACUGCUAGAGGGCGGUACGUCUUCAGCCCUUGGGGAGCUCGCGCGCGAGCGAGAUGAAGCUAUAGACGCUAUUGCCGAGGUGAGGAAGAGGUUGGAGACGACACAGAAACGCCUACGGCAACAAGAGGAUGAUUCCCAGCGCGUUCAUGAUCAGUUUGAGAAGGAGAGGUUGGAAUGGGACGAAGAUCGGCGCAAGUAUGAGCGCAAGGUCCAUGUUGCUGAGAGUCGGCUCAAGUCCCUGUUGGAGGAAGUUGCCGCAUUCCAGGCCGCUCAAGCUCAGGGUCUUGUGAACGGGUCAGAGGCAGAAGCUGAAGAGCCAGGCCGCGAUGGCACCGAUGCAGCGAGCAUUCGUACCAUGAGCAUGACCAACAGCAUCCGCUUUUCCACCUUCAGCACACCCGGCAAGCCCAUCGGUCACUCACUCGCGGACGAGCUCAACUUCGACGGAGAGAGUGACUACGACACGGAUGCCGGCCGCGGCCGAGACAGCGCUCUUUCGAACCACAUGCACAUGCGCAACAACAGUAAGGAUAGUGUUUUGUCUAGGAUGCAUCGUCGCAACAUCAGCAACGACAGCCUGAUCCGCCCGGGCAGCGCCCACAGGACCAAGUUCCUGAACCAAUCCGUGUUGGACCGCCUGGAAGACGGCGUCAUCGAGGAGGAUGAGGAAGACACCACCAUGAUUGUAUCCGAUACGCCCUCGAAACCUGCCUACACCUACGUUGAUGCCGCUGUUCAGUACUCGCCUCCUCCGUCUCCGGUACUCAAACCAGCCAAGCCAGUGACGCCCGAGCCACCCGUUGUUCCGUCACGGGCGUCAAUGAAGACCCUAGAGAGCCAUGAGAACUCUCCAAGGGCAGACGGUGAGGUUGAGGCCAACCAGCGGCGAAAGAGGGUUCACAUUGCACGACCAAUGACCAUUGAGGCUGUUGUGAAGCAAACCGCUCCCAUGGUUUCAACCAGUUCUCAGACCACAGAAGCUUGGAGCCAGCGGAAGAGUGUAGUACCCGAAAUGGUCCUCCCUCCUAAGCCGGCCAUGGUCUCCACAUCUACGCAAACAGAAGCCCCUUCAACUCCUGCGCCUGCCCCGGCACAUGCGGCCAUCAGCGAUAAGGACUUGAUGCAAAUCCCGAGUAUCAGCAUUCAUCCACCCACAAGCCGCCCGUCGACGCCUAAAGAGCCACGCUUACCACAGCUCACCAAAGAUUUUGGCUGCCAAGUAGCCAUUAUCACAUCAUCCGUUUCGACCAAGUCUGUUUCGGUCCAGACGGAGAAGAUUCAAAUGGACGAACGGUUGAAGAAACUCCCCGCUCACCUUCACCCCUCGGCCAUUACUUCACGGCCAGUCUCCCCAGUACCUGCUCCCUCGGGCUCCUCCAACACGCCUCCUGACAACCUCCCUCCCCGCAACCCCAUGAGACUAGCCACGCAGAAGAGCUUGUCAAAUCUCACCAACCCUAAAAAAUCACCCACUUCUCCAACAAUGCCUACAAUGCCCGUCAGCCCUACCAUUCAGGUCGAGGAUAUUGAGGAGACAACAGAUGCGUAUCCCGGCAAUAACGAUGAUGGCCCGCUGUCAAGCCAAAAGGCUCCCAUCAGGAGACCGCAUCGUAUCAGCAGCUUGUUUGCGGGCUUUGAUGGUGGCAGCUCUGACGAGGCCGAUGAGUUUGCAGGAGCUGAUGUCAGUGAUUCCGAGUUCAGAACUGCCCUGAGUGCACCUGGAGGGGCCAGACCACCAUCGGUCACAGGCAACGAACACACCAGGCGGGCCUCUGGUGGCGCCAAGCGUGCACUCGAGUCGCCGGUAUCUAUAAAAAAAUCGGGCGCACGAGGCCAUAACCGCUCUGGAGCGGCUUCGGCAUCGCCGACCACGGAGACUUACUCAAAGUUUUCGAUCCCAGAUGGCCGGGAGAGCGGCGAAUCGGCCGUAGGCUCUUGGAGGACUUCGAUGCAGAGCGUGGGCAGUUCCCGAUCACAAGGUGACAAGCUUGGAGCUCUGAGCUCUAACCGAGCCAGCGUGAUGCGCAAGGCGGUCAUGAUACAAAAUGGCAUCGCCACGCACCAAGGACGGUCCAGAAGCCCCAGCUUGCCAGAUGCAAUGAACCCUCCAUUCCCGAUUCCGACCCGCGCCAGCUCUCGCCGUCCGCCUUUCAGCGCCAGCGCGCCCAGUGACGGUCAGCGGAGUCCCACCAGGCGUCAUUCCAAGCAGCGUCCGUCUAGCAUCCGGAAGAUCAAGUCCGCUGCGGCCCUACCGCCGCGACAGAGGAGGAACGGAAGCCGGUCACCCCCGGCGUUUUCGGCUGCUGAGGAGGAAGAUGAAGAAGAUCCCUUGGAGAGCCCUGGCUUGCCACCGCUGCCCAACAACGACAUCACCACACCUCGCACAAACAGUCGCUUCAGCAGGUCACAUCACCGCCAGCAACCAUCCACGAGCACAGCCGUCACCAACGCCACCACCGGCGCGGCGUCUACCGGCGGCAACUCAUCGCAAGCAGCCACUGGAGUCGUGGAUGCUAUCGCGCAGACAAUGGUUGGCGAAUGGAUGUUCAAGUACGUGCGGAGACGCAGGUCCUUUGGAGUCCAGGGCAGCGGCGAGGCCAGCGCAAGGGAUGACACUAGUAACGACAGGCACAAGCGUUGGGUGUGGUUGGCGCCUUAUGAGCGGGCUAUCCUGUGGAGCAGCAAACAGCCGGUGUCGGGAAGCGCUUUGUUGGGCAAGGCGGGUCGCAAACUGAUAAUACAGUCUGUCUUGGACGUCAAGGAUGACAAUCCGACACCCAAGGGCGCCGCUUCGGUAUUCGAUCGGUCCAUCCUGAUCCUCACACCGCAGCGCGCCCUCAAGUUUACCGCAACUACACGAGAGCGGCACUACGUGUGGUUGACUGCCUUGUCAUUCCUGGCACACUCGAACCAAGAGGUCCCAGAGAUUUUGGCAUCGCCGCCAUCGACAACGCUUGCUGUGAAUAAGGCACCACUUUCCGAUUAUGACCUGGCGCAACAAAAGCCCCCAAGGCGUGCUGGAAUUAGGGACUCUAUCAGACUGGCCAAGGGCCGGACGAUAGUGACCCGAGGUGGUGGUGGCGGCGGGCUGAUGAGUAUCGCAUCGUCGACGCAGACCGAUUUCAACCCACCCAGCAUCCCUACAAACAGGCCUCCCGAGUCCAUCAUGUCGUCCAUCUCUGCGGGAACGGCAGGAACCAGCUAUGGGCCGGCAGGGUUCGUCAGCACCAUGUCCACCAGCCACCAGCGCGAGACUUCACGCGACACGGCAGCGCCCCCGCCCAUUCCCCGAUUCAACGAUUCGAGGAUGAGCAUGCUCAGUGAACGCGCCAACCAAGUCAUGGUGCACGGCCGCAAGCGGAGCAACACAGGCGGCCACGUACCACCUCCCAUAUCUUUCCGCGGCUUUUCCGGCCCCGCGAGCAACGGGAGGGACAGCGCCAACAGCGGCAGCUACCACCAAUCCACAAACAGCACGGCCGGGGCCAGCGUCGAGACGUCGGGCUCGUCGGGCAUCCUGGGAAGCUUUGGUGGCAGCAACUGGAACGGCGGCGGCGGCAACAGCAGCAGCGCGGGGCAGGCGAGCCAGCGCACGUCGGAGGCAUCGUCGCGACCGUCGGCGGCCGCGUCCAACAACUUCUUUGACGCCAUCGGGACCGUCCGCAUGGAGGCCUUCAUCAGCCCCCUUGCGCAAAACUCGGUCAGCGCCAUGGGUACCUACCCGGACGAGGAGGACGAGAUGAGGUACCGCGCGAGGCGGAGGAGCAAGGAGAUGCGCCGUCGGGCCAGCCGCAGCCGGCAGCGCGACAGCUACGGGAACCGCAUCCCGGGCGCCGCGUCGAGGGCUGGAUCCCGAUACGAGGAGGACUUUUUCUCUCGCGAUGAUCCUUUCAAGGGGUUCUAGAAGAGGCUCUAAAAGAGACCAUGCGCCAGUUGAUGUUGUGUUGGGAAAGGUGUGGGCGUUGUGAAAACUUUGUUUUUUCCACAACCAUUCGUUUCGUGUAGCUUUUUUUGUCUGAUUAGCGGGACCACAUUUUCCUCGGCGUUUAUUUUUUUUCUUUUGCGUCUUGACCCGAGGGUUUCUCUCGUUUUUGGGUAUCUAUAUAUAUUUGUUUUGUCUUAAACCUGGAAUCCUCGCGGACGUCCAGAUUCACUCAUUUGGACGUCGGUGACUUUCCUUGAUUGUUAAUACUCUCGUUGUACGAAUACAGGUAUGGUAAGAGCCGGACCGUAAAAGAAAGAAUCAUUUGCCUGUCUAUCUGGUCAUUGACCUAGUUGUGUAUCUGCUUGCCUGUUUGCCUGUUAUCUCCCAAGUCUUUCUGUUGCCUAAGGUAGAUAUUGAUGACAUCGUCACCAACAGCUCUUCUUCGUAUCAUUACACCAGCCGACGAGUACAAUGAAAAACAUAAUCCAAAA